AUGUUUGGUGGCCUGGACCAGGACAUCGCUCACAUGGUGCAGAACUGCCAAAUAUACCAGGAGCAUCAGCGGGCCUCACGUCACGUGGAAAUCAGCCCCUGGCCGUUCUCACAGAGACCCUGGUCCCGCCUACAUGUGGAUUUUUGGGCGCCCUUCAAAGGCCAUUACUUCGCGGUAGUGGUGGACGCCACUACCGAAAACGGAAUCCGCCGGAUGAUGGGUCCGCCGUACCACCCUGCUUCAAACGGUGCAGCCGAGCGGGUGGUGCAAACCAUCAAGGACGAGCUCAAGAGCCAGAUUGGGGAUUUCCGGACGCAGAUUGCCCGGAUACUGUUUCAGUACCUGGGCGGAUUGUGA